AACUAAAAAGAAAAUGGAAUUUGAAAACAUAUUUCUCUUUUGCCCUAACUACAAGAUACCGUGACACUGUUGCUUCAAUCCACUUUGGCUUUCGUCCCCAACAUUUGCUUCGCAUUCGUACCCCAGUUUCAGUCCACCUUCAGUGUAGCUUUCAAUCUAGCUUCAGUCGAGUCAAGGAGCUCCAAGUCGUGCCCUCGAAAUCCAUUUCCCUCUGUCAAAAUUGCAAGUCAGUGGGACGACGACGGAACUUCAUGAACAGUAACUCAGUUUAUGUGAAGAUCAUAAGAGGAAGAUGAAGAGACAUUGUAGGCUUUGGUGGCCAAAGCAACUUACAUCAAAUCAAGUAUCAUCGCCUAGUAUUUUGUUCGGGUGGUUUGUCACCUGUUCACCAUCAUCCUUUGACUUGAUUGUAGCCUUUACUUACAGUGAAGGCUUGCUUUCUAGUUCUAGUACUAGCAUUGAGGGGAUCAUUCAUGACGCAUGUGGGAGAAUGCCUUCAUCUCUUGAGGAUAAGUCCAAGUUCUCUGUACUUGGCCUGUCUGUCACUCACCCUACUGCUAGUAAUAGUUUGAUGAAUGAGACGGAGUAUGACAAAAGGAAGUUAUCUGAGUAUGGCAAUGCAUUGGAAGAGGGAAGUACAGAUACAAAGAAUAACUGUAGGAGUUGCCGUUGCUUCCAGUUAGAUUGUUCAUUGAGGAAAAGUAGACAAUAUGUUCUUGGAAAAAGUAACUGGGUCCUGCUCACAUUUGAUUCUCCUGGGCAUAAUGAUCUAGGACUGCAAAGGCUUCCAAAUCUGCACCACAUUCAUUGGAAUGGACAAAUUCUGUCACAAUAUGAUGUUCACGUCAUAAUUUAUGAAACACCUGCUUAUGGUGCUCAACAUUUCUCAUUGUGUCAUUUGAGUUCGUCGAAGGAGCAAGCUAAAGUUUCUAUUAAAAACCCUAAGUGGGUCGAGAAGCUUCAUAAUAAGAAGCAAUUCAUUGAUUUGGAUACAGUUGUUCUGGCAAUUAAUUGCACAGCUGCUGCUAAAAGAACUUUUGAGACACACCUGGUCCCAAGAUCCUCAAGCCGGCUCACCAUAUUUCCUGUGCUUGUUGUCAUAGGGCAUCUGUUUUCCAUGUUUUUGGCUUCAUUCUCCACCAUGCUUUAUAUUAUUCUUCAGUUUUUCCAAACGCAUUUUAAUUAUGAAUCCGAAUCAUGGAUGUAUGUGACAUCAGCAAAUGUAUUCAAGAAAACUGCUUGGAUAAAUAUGCAAAUCCGCUGUCAGAUAUUAUAUUGGCCAAUCGUUCUUCAGAAGAAUGCCCUCAGGUCUGAGUCAUGUGUUGAAUAUGUAGAGAAAGCUGCGAUGCAUAGGCAUUCUAUGUGGUCAACUUUGGUUGUUGAUAUUCUCCUUGGAAACUUGGUUGGCUGGACAUUUUUAUAUCACAGAGAACCAAUUUGCCUUUCAGUUUUGAAUUUCAUGCAUGGAUUUUCAACGUUUUUGCGCUCUGGGUGUGUGUGGUUAAUGGGAAACCCUGCAGGAUUCAAAUUGAAUGCUGAGCUGGCUGGAGUACUUGGCAUGGUUUCUUUGAAUGCAGUCCAGAUAUGGUCAACACUCUGGAUCUUUGUGGGUGUGGUCUUCAAUUAUAUUAUUCAAGGGCUUUCUGUUUUAGGAAUCCUUUGUGGAUUUACCGUACCUGCUGCUUUGAUCAUAGACAUGAUUGCUCUUGCAACUCUUCAUGUUUCAACUCUACAUUGGUUCAUUUCACUUAUAUAUUCAUCACAGAUACAGGCAUUGGCAGCCUUGUGGCGGCUUUUCAGGGGUCGAAAAUGGAAUCCUCUGAGGCGGAGGUUGGAUAGCUUUGAUUACACAGUGAAGCAACAUAUUGUUGGAUCUCUAUUAUUUACGCCACUUUUACUUCUUUUACCAACUACUUCCGUUUUCUAUAUAUUCUUUAGUAUCGUGGACACAGCCAUUAACCUUAUCUGUCUACUGAUUGAAGUAACUAUUUCGAUUAUUCAUACUACCCCUUAUACCAAGAUAUUUCUUUGGUUGGUGAGGCGAGGAAGAUUCCCUUCUGGAAUAUGGCUUGAAAUUAUCGGUUGUCAGAGUAAUAGUACUGUGUCUGCACCAAGUAUUGAUUUUAUGGAUGAAAUGACCUUACCCAAGGAGUCUUUGCAUCUAAAGGAUUUCAAUAGAGAAAAAUCUAGUAUUCUAGUUUCAGUUCUCCACAGCAACUACUUGAGCAUAGGGAAAGUUAUCUUGCCUCACUACAAAACUGUAUUUUUGGGAGUUUCUGGGUCAUCCAUCUCCACAGUGGCUUAUGGAAUCCUUAUUGGACAAAGAAUGCCAUCUAUGCGGGGCACCCUUCUACAUUCACCAAUGCCAUGGACGUCCAUGCCCUACAAAGAGUAUUGGCGCCUCUGUCAUGAUUCACUUAUUGCAUGCUUCAGAUGAUAAUGAAUUCAAUUAUCCAGUUUUCACCCAACUUGCGCUACUCAUGUCAUUUUUUUUAAUGGGUUAGAGGAUGCUUCUUAUUUCUUCGAUUCUUCUACAUUUCAGUAUUCUCUCGAGUAUGGUACAGUCGGUAUUUUUUUUCUGCUUUUCCCAUGCUUAGAAUGAUGUGUGCUCUAGAAGAGCAACAUACUUUUAGUUUACUAUGUAAAUACAUUGAUUCUUCUCUUAUGCUUGGGCGCGUAUACUUUCUUCUCUCUUAAUUGUGUGGUGAAAAAUUGAAGAUCUGUGUCAUUACUGCUACUCUACUCUAAUCAGAGAUGGAUUCAGCAUACAAGUGGCACCCAUUACUA